AUGAUUGGCUAUCAGGUCCAAGCUCCUACACAGCCUGAUCGUCCCAAUCAUUGGGAGUUGCUCAACGAGGCUGACAAGCAAACAUACGACAGGAUAUGCGCUGCGCUUACAGCUCCUUCCAAUAAAAAUAAGAAAAAUAAAAGAGCUGAUGAAUUCAGAGAGAUUUUGGAAGCUAUCUCUUUAUUUGAAAACCACGACGAAGUGGACAAGUGGAAACGCUGCUUAGUUUGCGGAGUUUAUCAAUUCGAAGGAGGAAUUGCUGUAAAUAUUUCGGCUCUUAAGCGCUUAGUCUUUAAGUGCAAAUCUUCGAUUAACGGUUCCCUCAAGGCAAUUGGCUAUCCCAAUGUUACAUAUAAAUCCUCUACAUGCGAGGAGCUCUUAAAGGGCAUCCCGAUUUUGAGGGGUAACACUGCUGAAUUACGCCAGUGGACUGUACGAUACCAAGCUCCUAAAGAAGAGCCACAAAACGAGAAUACACAGUAUAUUACUCCACCAACAGCCAGUAUGGAUUUCAAUAUGAACAAUACUUCAAAUAUCGAAUUAGAUCAGAAAACUACAAGCGAACAGCAACUUUUCGACAUUUUCUCGAAUCCUUCUACUUUCAGCUGGUUUUCUAGUCAUAAUUCGGAUGAUAACGAAAACUACUUUGAUAUGAUGUAA